AUGGAAUCUCUGCAGGCUGCUAGCCUACCACGGACAGGCAGUGGUCCGUCCACUAGAUCGCGUAGCAGCACCAAGGCUGACGACAUAGCUAGUCUAACAUCAUUCAACCCCUUCUCAGAAGAAGACGAAAAUGACCAGUCAUCGUAUGCCCUCAUGUCUUCCCUCAUAUCCAAAGUCAAGAGUACACUAGCGGCUCCGUUGUCCUCCGCGGUGGCGGUUGCUUCAGGGAACAACUCCACUCCUCAGGGUGUGCCUAACGGACACACUACAGAACGUCGACGACCCUCCAAUGCCGUAAUUCAAAGUAUUUCCUCUACCGCUUCUUCAAGAUCUUCUACAGAACGCCCACCUACUCUCAGUAUGAUGUCUUCGAAUCUCGCUCCUCCUUUGGUCUCCUUGACACCUGUCACCUCCGAGGCACCUUCCUUCAAUGUAGAAUACGACAGAUCAUCUCAUGGAGGAGCUAUCAAUCCCCCGGCUCUAGAAUCCAGCGAAAGUGGUAUAUAUGGCACGACCAUACCUGGUUUUGCCAUUCAGGAUGAUGCUCGUAGCAUCCGGACGACUACCAGUGUUAAGAGGUCAGCAUCGGUUUCCAAGGUCAUAAGAAGGAUUCGCGGAGAAGGCCUGUCGCGAGAUUAUUGGAUGGAUGACGAAAAUUGCAAGGAAUGCUAUGAUUGCAAGAGUAUUUUCACCACUUGGAGACGGAAACAUCAUUGUCGCAUAUGUGGACAAAUAUUUUGCUCACGAUGCGCUUCAAACAUCAUCAAGGGUUCACGAUUCGGACACGAUGGCAUGGUUCGAGUCUGUAAUCUCUGUCUUGAGAAGCUCGCCAAGGUCGAUGAAGACGACGAUGAUGACAAGCGAUCAGUGGUAUCUAGCAUGACUUCUUCGUUCCCAUUGCAUCAAAUGGGUUCAGAUGCCGUAUCUCUCGGCUUAGGACAUCAUCCACAGUCUCCAUUUGCCGCCUCCCAAUUGUUUGGGCGCACUGACGAACCAUUCAACCUUUUUUCUAUAGCCGAGACGAGACGACCGGUGUCUGGGUCUGACGAGAGUGGUUUCGGUUCUCGACCAAUCACACCCUUAGAUGUGUAUGGAGACGAUACUUGGGGACCUGCUCGCAAAACUAUGGCGCCUUUUCGGAGAGGCUUGGCUGAUGACGAGAAAGACGUGAACAUGUCGACGGAGGAUUUCAGUCACAGUAACUCUCCCAUCACUAUUGGUUCCAAGACGCCUGUCGAUUUUCCCGUGACUGUACCCGUUUCUGCUGAUAGUGCCACUAGUUCCAUCCAGUUUCCGAUGAGCGCCGAUCAUGGUCCUGAUAGCCCAACGCCCCAGAGUCUUAUGCGUUCACGUUUCAACUCCUACGUAGACUUUGACGUAGAGACCCCGUUCAUUCGCAGCCGAGCGCAAAGUCGCAUCCCAGAUUCGAUCAUGAUGGGUGAACCGGGAUGGCGGACAAGACGAGAAAGCACCGCAUAUGCCCAAGAGCUCAAUCUCUUGUCCAUGUCCCAUCUUCGGUUAAUGCUACAUCAGAUGUUGACCACAGAGAACAUUCCCAAUAUUGAAGAAUGGGAAGAGACGCUGCUCAAAAUGGCGCUUCGGAUCGCUAGGGAGCUAACAUUCACUGCUCAUCCCCAGCGUCAGGGGACAGAUAUGGAUGUCCGUCGAUAUGUCAAAAUCAAGAAAAUUCCUGGUGGGGCACCGAAGGACUCCGAAUACGUCGAUGGCGCUGUGAUCACCAAAAAUGUCUCUCACAAAACAAUGUCAAGGCUUCAGCAAAAUCCUAGGGUCAUGCUCGUCACGUUUCCAUUGGAAUUCAAUCGUGUCGAGGGCCAAUAUAUGCACUUUGGCCAGAUUGUUCGUCAGGAAAAGGAAUACCUUGGCAAUCUUGCUAGCCGCAUCGCCGCAUUGCGUCCUCAUGUCGUUCUUGUCGAGAAGUCUGUGUCUAGACUCGCUCUCGAUGCACUUGCGAAACAUAACAUCGCAGUUGCGCGGACUGUGAAGUCUUCGGCUAUCCAGUUUAUUGCUCGCAUGACGCAGGGAGACCUGUUCUCUUCAAUGGAUAAGCUCGCAUCUGAACCGCGCCUCGGACACUGCUCCCGGUUCCGCAUCCAAACAUUCGACCACCCCCUCAUUCCUGGCCGGCGUAAGACCUACAUGCGAUUCGAGGGCUGCAAUCGAGAGAUGGGGUGUACCAUCGUACUGAGGGGUGGAGAUAUUGACACUCUGCGGCGAGUCAAAAAAGUCACUCGUUUCCUUACUUUCAUCGUCCGGAACUUGAAACUAGAGACUCAUUUGUGGAAGGAUUCUGUUAUCACAAUGCCUACUCCUGGUCAAGAAGCUGUGCCGGCCUCGUACAAGAUGCGUUUUGGACCCGUGACUCAUGCGUCUUCCCUCAGCGUCCCUCUUUCCAAUUCUACAGUUCGACUCCCUUCUUUCCAACAAAGAGAUGUUUCACAACAGACCCCCAUGGAGACAGAAGAUCCGGAUGAACUUCCAGACGAUGAUGCAGACCAGCUUCGCCUGUCUCGGCGCAUUCAGCAAUCUCUAGACCCAUACUUGUCCACCUUCAUAUCGGUAUCGGCGACAUUACGAUUCCCCCCUCCACAGCCCAUCCGCCGCAUGAAGGAAUUGGAUGAUGAGCUCAUCCGCGUCAAGCAAGCUUGGGAAGACGAAUUUGUCAGACGAGAAGAAACACAACAUCCUUCCGUACACAUCCAAGAAAUCACCGUUACUCCUCACGCAUUUGACCGAGAGGACGUGAACUCUGAAAUAGAGUCGCUUACGAUUCCUGAUUUUCCAAAGACCCCCACUCCAGGAAACACUCCGUUCACACGAGUUGAAGAACCUGGGUACUUCGAUUACAAACCGGUGCCGUCAUCUUCACAAACCAGCUUACUUCCCCCUGUCGUGCUCUCACCCGGACCUAUCAUGCCUCUGGGAUUCCCUGAAGAAUUACCGAUACAGGUGAAGACGGCCGCUGACAUUGCUCUGGAGAGCCAACUCAGUUACGUCAGAUGGCAACACCAGGAGCAACAACGAGUAUGGGACUGGUACCUGCGUAAAAAUGCCGAUGAUUUCGUCGUGGAGAAGUAUCAAUGUAUCACCUUAUGGGAAUUCACACUGCCACUAGGGGAGGAUGGCCUUCAUGCCGCGUGUUUCCCUCCACAGUUCAAGUACAUCACAUACUAUGGCGAGAACGAUUGUACCCUUGGUCAAUUCAUCGAGACUUGUGUCGCCGACACUAUGCUAUGGUCGCUUGAUCCCAAGACUCCUCUAUGCGCUGGAAAAGGUUGCAACGAGCCCAUGGCAAGCCAUUGCAAAGUCUACAUUCAUAACGAGACUCGCUUAUUCGUUGUCGUCGAGCAAUGGGAUGGUCAAAUCAUCGGACGUGGAAGUACACCCUCCCCGGACUUAAUCACUACCUGGAGUGCAUGCCGCAUAUGCGGCUCUGCUACACCCUUCAUCCCUGUCUCAGAGGAAAUGCAACGCUAUUCUUUCGCCAAGUUUCUUGAACUACACUUCUACCCUGCAGAUGUUCAGUUAGUCCAGGGCGCGGGCUGUUCUCAUAAUAUCUAUCAGCACCAUAUUCGCUAUUUUGCCACUAGAGGAAUGACCGUGCGUUUCCAGGCCGAUCCUAUCAUCAUACAUGAUAUUGUGUAUCCUCCUAUGCGCAUUCGAGUUCGUCCGGAGACUCAACUGGAGCUCAAGAAUGCGGAUUACGAACGUUUAAUGGCCCGAAAUUCUGCGUGGUACAAUGCGUUAAUCGAUGACCUCAAACUCAUAACGAUCGACGCAGCAGUAGGAGAUGAGGAGGCCGACGCUAUACUUACAACCCGUAUCAACAAGCUCAUCAUCAGAGCAGAGUCAGAGAAGAAUGAGAUCUCGCAAAUGCUCUGCAAUGUUUACAAGGAGUCCGCACCGACAGACACGCUGGCGCUGAAUCAGGUUCGGUCUUAUCGACAAGACAAAAUUGUGGCUUGGCAAGCAGAUUUUGAUAGGCUACCUAAGCCGAAGAGUGCACUCCUGGACAAGAGUGGCCGACGAGCUUCUGCAUUCGGAUCAGUACGAGCGAUGUGGCCAAGAGGCUAUGGAUUAUCAGGGACGUUUGAUCACCCACACAUGCCAUCGUCCAGUGUUUCUGAAGCCGAAGAGGCUCUUCCUCCACCCAUCAUGCGGAGGGUCACAGGAGAGUCUUUCAUGUCAUCAGCAUCUGAAGCUUCUGAAACAGAGGCGUCCAUCGAGACAUCACGGAUGGACAGUACAGACAGGGAAAUGCUGACGGCCUCCACAAUAGAAUCAUCUCCUGUCGUUGAUCAAGCUCAGAUAACCAGCGAUGCACCUCUUUCCUCUUCUCACGGUCUCAGGUCUGAUCCAGACAGUGACUCGACUAUUGGCGCCCCUAAGGCUGAGCCGGUGACCUCUGACAACGAGUCAUCUAAGGCCCUUGCAAAAGGUCAACGGGUCUCUACCGAUUUCAUGGCCGUCUCUAGACUCCCACGACGUCCUUUGCAGCAGCCGAGUGUUGCUGAGCUGGUCAAGAAAUAUCAAGAGUUUUUGCCCCCUCAGGGCGUGGAGGAGCUCGCAAAAACUGCAAUGUCACCGCGCCAUCCUACAGCAGAAAGCGAUCAAGAAUAUACCUUGCCACAACCACGCCAUCCGACGAGAAACAGGAUCAGGCAUGCACCUCUUAGGAAGGGCUCAACAUCCGACUUCGAAUCGGGUUACGCUGCCAACAUUGCUCCUCGGUACCUUACACGUUCUCGAAGGCCUGUCAAACAGGCUCCUCAGUCCAGUCGAAUUCCCGGCCCAAUCACGUCCUCUUUCGACUCUCAAGAGCCAUCUCGCCGACCCUCGCCUGAGAAAAAGCCUCGAUUCACUGCCACUUCGGACACGACAGUAAGGUCCGAUAGGAUGAGCCCCACACCAACUGGUCGACUUUCAGGGCCACUUCCAGGGCCGAAGAUCAAUCGGACAAAAUCGUCCGUUCGCAACCCUGUCAAAGACAAAGUCUCGUCACGUCCUGGGUCCAGCUCUGGACCAAAAUCGACUUUGCGCCGUACGCCCGCAGCCCCUGGAAGCAAAGUCUCUAAUAUUGCCAAGCAUUUCGAACGCAUCAACAAGGAUAGCGAACGUGCCAGUCGUCGUUAUGCUGUCAUUAGAGGUCGCCGCGCACGCCCUGUCGCCUCCGCGCGAGCUAAGGUUGAGGUUUUGGAUAGUGUCAAGGAUGCUAUCAAGGAUGAUUCCGACAUCUCAGAUUCUUCCAGUGAGGCAGAUGACGAAGGUGGUGACGAAGAGGAGAGCCGGAAAUCUCCUGACAAGCCCUCGCCGGAGUCAUCUACUACCCUCCCCCAUAUCACCGUCGAGAGAGAGCCUGGCUCGACUGCCACCUCCCCGAGGGAGCCAUCGUCCACGGAGUUAGCUAAACCCGAAGAGGCUUCGGGAGAACAAUACAAGCGACCAAACCGCGACCUUGCCAUCUCAGUGCCACCCUCGCCUCUGCUGUCCACGUACCUGCCAGGCCAUAAGGACUCGAUCUCACCACCUCCCUCAGACCUAGAUUUUGGUCCACCUGGCCAAGAGCGGAGUUCAUUACUGAAGGCGCUUUCCGGCCUUUGGCCCCAGCAUUUACCUCAGUCUCGGCAUCGAGUCGAGUUGGAAAACGACGAUCCAAUGAUUGACACUGAACACAUUUUUCGCGAUUCAUCGAUGGUCGUUCGCACGGAUGAGCCCACAUCAAUUAUUGCAUUGGCCUUGAACUCUCCGCAAUAUCGUGACAUGCUUGCAAAAUCACGGGCAGAAAAGCGCCACGCAAGAGAGCCCAGGUUGACCGACGGUGGCGAGGCAUUUAUGCCUGAUGAUCGCUCGAUCGCGGAAUCCAAUUCUACGUGGGGAGUCGUCAACGUGGAGGCCACCGAAAGCGCAAAUCCGACCGAAGACUUGAGAGUCCCAUCCUCCAAACUUCCUUGGGCCAUCUCGUUCGAGAGCGGCGACCUUACCAUCAGCUGCACAGUGCUUUAUCCCGAGCAGUUCGAUGCGUUGCGAAGAACUUACGAUUGUGAGAAGAGCAUGAUAGAAUCGCUAGCAAGGUGUGUUAAGUGGAACGCCAGUGGUGGCAAGUCCGGUUCAGCCUUCCUAAAAACUCGAGACGACCGCUUUAUCGCCAAAGAGAUGUCUAGGACGGAAGUUCAGACGAUGGAGACCUUCGCUCCAGCGUAUUUUGAUUACAUGUCGGCUGCAGUAUCUGCCAACAGACCUACGCUCCUUGCCAAAGUCUUUGGAUGUUACAAAAUCAUCUUUAGAAAGAAUGGUAAUCACAAAGGUCCCGGUCGAGCCAAAUCCAUGCAAAUGAACCUUUUAGUAAUGGAGAAUUUGUUCUAUGAUCGGCGGUUUUCCAAGAUCUAUGAUCUCAAAGGCUCUACUCGCAAUCGACACGUUCAAUCUACAGGCAGAGAGAACGAGGUUCUCCUGGAUGAGAACUUAGUUCAAUCUGCUCACCUUGCACCCUUCUAUCUUCGCGAACACUCCAAACGCAUUCUUCGUGGAGCGCUAUAUAAUGACAGCAAAUUCCUGGCGGACAUAAAUGUCAUGGAUUACUCGUUAGUCGUAGGUGUGGAUAGCGUGAAGAAUGAGCUCGUUGUUGGCAUUGUCGAUUAUGUGCGCACAUACACUUGGGACAAAAAACUCGAGAGUUGGGUCAAGGAAUCCGCAUUUCUCGGUGGUGCAGGCAAAGGCGAGCCCACCAUCGUCACUCCUAAACAAUAUAGACAGCGAUUCACCAGCGCUAUGGAGAGAUAUUUCCCACUGGUUCCAGAUCGGUGGAUGAAGCAAAAAGACUGUCCCGAGGAAGACGGCAAUAGUCUCCUCGACUUGUGGCCAGAUUGGUGA